AUGGAGGGGUAUGUGACUAAUUUAACUUCUGAGCUGCUGGAUCGCACAAACAAGUAUUUAACAGAGGCUGAUCUGUCUAGUUUUAUCCUGCCCCUUCCAUUCACAGACGAUUCCAUUUUGAACGAAAAGCAGCUCCUCUCAAAGCUAAUUUGCAACUGCUCACACCUGUCCAAAAAGCAGCUGUAUAGCGUGAUUCAGAGGCUGUCGACGACGAUUAACCUGAGGAACUCGACGUCGCCCGGUUCUCGCCUCCCCAAGGGGACCAAAAAGCUAAACGAAGUAGAUUAUCAGAACUACUCCUCCUCUUAUGAUAUCACGUUUACAUUAAACAAAAACCAUAUCGCAGAACGAAGAACGGAACAGACCUUCCGGAGUUCCAGGCUUUCGGAACAGUCGAAAAACGAAGUGGAUUCGCUCGCGGAAAUGCACACAGGGGACGAAAUCGGAAACAAGCUAAUAGAGCUCAUCAAGAACAUCUCCGACCCUGGCAUCGUUGGGUUCAUCAUGAUCAUUUCGUGCAAGAAGGCCAACAAGGCCAAGAGCUACGACUCGAACGAGGUCCAGUACAUUCCCUUCGCCGGGGGCAUCGUUGAGCUUCUGGACCCCGAGGAGCACUGCCUCAAGGCAGUCUGGUGCGACCCGAACCUGCCGUCCAAGGUGCAGUCUGACUUCUGCAAAAUCCUCAUCCUCAGGCUCCUCGGCCACGCCUUCGACUACUGCUACCCGGGCACUAACAACCCGCAGCGCUUCAAGCACAUAUCGGUGCUGAACGUGUGCGGCAUUCUAUUUCCCAAGUCCGUGUACGGCUUCAUCAUCAACUCGCUAAAGUUCGGGAAGCACUUCGAGACUGGCUACAGCGGCGGCUCCCACGAGGACUCUGCCACGAACCCCUGCAAGUGUCUGAAGCUGUUCGGCUCCAGCGACGCGCACCUUUUUUGGGGCAUUUCCGAGUCUCGCCUCCGCGGCACCUACUGCAGCAUCAAGUCCCAGAUUCCCCUUUCGCCGAGCUACGAGUUAGUGAAGGCGGUGCGGCUUCUGUGCAACUAA